AUGGAAAGAAAUCCUCUGGAAAUCAACGAUGAUGACGACAUUGUCUUCAUCCAUUCAACAAUCCCAACGAGAUUUGAGACAAAGCUCAAUCUAAAUUUGGUAUCCAGCGACAGUAGUAGUGCCAGUAGUAGCAGUGAAGAUGAAUCUUCCUCGGAUUUUCCUGAUAAUCAGGAUCCUGUUGGCUCGCCCUCAUCGCAACAUGGAGCAAAUGAUGAUGCAGAUAUAACAGAAGAAUGCACCGUGAUGGAACCAAAGGUGGAACUAUCGCAAUCUCCAAGCCCUACUGCUGAAUACACCGACGAGGAAGAGAAGCCAAAAAUCCGCGUAAAGGUGAAAAAGGAAAAGGAUGCCGCAGAAGAGGAGUCAAUAGAAGCCACGGCGGAAGUGAAGGAUGAGAAAACAGAACUACCGAAGAAGAGUAACCCGCUAUCGGUGAAGAUGCGAACGUACAACUCUGCCCGGAAGGAGAAGAAUAAUGUGAUGAAGAGAUCCGGACCCAAUAAGUAUCACUGUCAGUACUGCGCCAAGGGAUGGAUGCACCUCGAGACGCUGGAGAGGCACAUGUCGAAGCAACAUCAAGACAUGCUAGCUGAGAAUGGAAACACCUGCAAGCUGUGCAAGAGCAAGUUCCGGGAUUCACAGCUACUAAUGUGCCACAUUAAGACGCACAAUCAGCGCUUCAACUGUGCCGUCUGCGGGAGACGCUUCUCAACGCAGAAAUUCCUGGAUAUUCACAUCAAUAUGCACUUUCAUGAGCAAGACUACCCCUGUGAGCUGUGUCACCUCGGCUUUAGCACAUCUCCCGAACUGAAGGAACACUACAGCUGGCACGAAGCGGAAAUUAAUUAA